AAAAGCCAGCCAUGCUACAGAGGAGACCAAGCCUUGCACCACUCCAGAGGAGACCAUGCCUGGAUGGUCUGGCACCGCUGAAGGGUUUCCAAGAACCUGUUUUUAGGAUCUUCAAAGCCAUCAAGGGACAAAGCAUCCCAGACAGAGCUCAGCUGAAAUCUGUCAUCCUCGACCACUUAGGCUCCAAGCUUGUCAGGAAGCAGCUGGCGGAGUCAAUCAGGGAUGAGGUCAAACUGACGAUUCCAGGGACUACACCAGCGGCACAAAGGGCUCUGAGUGCCAGAAUCGCUUACGAUGUGUUGAAGUGCGUCUCUCGAGCGGCCAAUCCUAGCAAUGAACCUGCCUGCAGACUCCGUGGGGGAAACACAAUCAAACCCAAUGCUCAAGCAGAUGAUCCAGAACCAGAGGAGCGGAUGGCCAACGGAGAAGACAUAAACGCCUAUGUGACAACGUUGAUCACUGACGUUCUGGAGGAAGUCCAGGAGCAGGUUAUCGUAAUGAUCCGAGGGUACUCCCCUACCCAAUUCAGAGUUGUCUCUGCAAAGGCCAGCCAAACAGCCAUUGAUGUGGUAAGCAAUGUUUUGGAAGACAUUAGACACUUAUUAAAUGAGGAAAACAUUGAAGCGCUUGCACUAGACUGUGAUGCUGAAGAAGGCACCUCAGGUAUAACAAACAUUCAGCCACCUGCAUUGACUGCAUUAAAAAAGGCAGACCCCGAGAACCGCCGAGAUUCCUGUUCAAAACUAGAAGGUGUCGCCUGUGACCUUAUUAGCACUGCAUAUGACAGCAUCCUUUUCGAGCUGGCUUUUCCUGAGCUUCAGGGUGAAAGAGAUGAACAACCAAUCAACUCAAGGGCUAUCAGAAGUGACACACAAAUCUCUUUUGUAGAAAAAGCUCCUUCCCUGACUCUGGAAAUACUUCCCUCGGAGCCAGUGAUCUCAUCUUUAUACAACUCUCCCAGUUAUGGAAUGGUGUUUUCAUCUGACACUUCAGAGGUUUCAGAAAACAACAGUAAGACAAGCAGCUCAGAGGCCUCCGCAGCUGCAUCAACCUCGUCCCAGGAGACGGAUACCACAACCACUGUAGAAUGCAAAGAAGAAAGAGUAGAGAAUGGUAACACCAGUGAAACAGACAAGGUCCUUUCUGUCCCCUCAGUCAAUACUGAAGAAGUUGUUUCAAAGCCUAUUCUCUUGCACAAGGUGAAGAAAGAAAAUGCAGCCACCAGAAGCGCUUCUCUUCCCAACCUGUAUGGACUUGUUGUGGAUGCAGUUAUGGACCACUUCAGCACAGAACCCUUCAAAGACAAUCUGGCCCAAUCAGUGAAGAAUGAGGUGAGACGCACCCUUUCUAUGCCUGAAUGUGGAUUGUUGAACCUUCAAAUUGAUAAUUACUUUGAGAGGAAAAUGCUAGAGGAUAUGCUGAAGGAAGUAUCCCGACAGUGCGGAGGAACAAGCUCUAGCACCGUGGCUGAAGAGGCUACAGAUGAAGAAGAGAUCUACAGACUAGAAUCUGCUGCAGCACAACUGAUACAGAAAGUUUUCCAGGACGUCAAGACACAUUCUGUUGUCAAGAUCAAGAAGGGUUCUCCCAAGAGAUGUCUAUCCCCAGAAGUAAGCCGAACAGCCAUCAAUGCUGUGAGCAGUCUUCUGGGUGACAUGGAGACAACUGUGAUGGCCAGUGUUCCAUGUUCUUGUACUACUUCCAGAGCAGAUAUGGAAGGAAUGCUCUCUGAGGCAACAGGUGAGCACCCAGCGAAAUCAAUGGCCUCUACAAAAGUUGAGUUGAUCGCUGAUGAUUUAGUGGAAGAUGCCAUCGAUAUGUGCAGUGAAAUGAUUUUAGACGACCAGCCACUAGCCCUACUACAUGACAAUCCUGAAGAAGGUACAUCAAAUGUUGUUGUUCCUGGACCAAUUCAGAGCAGCCUGUCUGGAUCUGAUGAACGCCACACAAAAUCACAGGUCCCUGCAGUAAAGAUUGAAGACCAUAAGGUAAAGCCAAUUUUGAUCCAAGACACAGCGCUCAUAUCUCCAGGUGAGAAGAAUACGGAUGAAAAAAGAGUCAUUAGAGUAAGUUAUGUCUUUAACUCAUCCCCUAGAAGGAAAGCUCACCAGGCCACCAUAAGCACCUCUUUCCCUAACCUCUAUGUCACCCUUGUGGAUGGAGUUCUGGACCAAAUUAGCACAGAACCUUUCAAAGAAACCCUGGCCCAAUCUGUGAGGAAUGAGGUAAGACAUUCUGUCUCUUUGCCUCAAUUUGGAUCAGUGAACCUCAAAAGCGAGGACUGCUCAGAGAAAGAAAUUAUUGAGGAUAUGUUGAAAAGUGUAUCCAGAAAACUCAGUAAAGACCAGGCCUGUCAGCUGACCGGGAAAGCCAGUGAGACCAUGAAUGCCAACGUAGAUGCCAUUUCACUUACCCCCAAACUACAGUCUACUGCCAAAGACCAAAUCAUCAAAGUUCUGGAGCAGGUCAACACUAAAAUAAUCAAUAUGAUUAGACUAGAUUCUCCCAACAGGACGAUUUCCCCCAAGGCAAGCCAGACUGCCAUCAAUGCUGUCAGCAACAUUUUGGGUGCUAUGGGAACCUCUCUCAAGGCAAGCAACACACCAUUUGUUCCUAAUGUGGCUGGACUCCAGCCUGACCUAGAUGAUGUAGCAUCUUACUCAACUGAAGCUUUUGAGGGAUAUCCAGGGACCUGGAUGUCAUCCCUGAAGAUAAAAUAUAUUGCCUCAGGCCUCAUGGACACUGUCUGUGAUGACCUACUGGAUGAGGAUGGUUUCCUCAGACGGAGCGCUGGUGCAAUAUCCUCACAGGAAGACCUUGAUCUUCAGAAGGUAAUUACUUCAAAACCAGCAUCCCCAGUCAAUUGCAUGCUCGUCAAAGGAUGCCUGUCAAUGUCCUACCUUGAUGCUUUGAAGAAUCCUGAAGACAUUGAAAAUGCCACUCACCUCAGUAGAAGCAUUGACUCUCUCUCCGUAAUUGGUGUGCCUACUUCAACCUCAAAGGAAGAUUCAUACGGCACAGAAUUGAAACUGACACAGUUGCAAAAGGAUGUCUCUGCAUCAUCCUCACUUUAUGCCAUGUGCAACUGUCGGAGCUCAUUGGAGUUUCCCUCCAGUCGAUCUGAUAUCCCUAUUGACAAAGAGGCCCAAAGGAUUUCCUCCACAGACGAAGAAGACAGUCUGUCCAAAUCCCUCCUGACCUCUUCCAAAUCAGUCUUCAAUGUCUCUGGCCUCGUCCCUACUCCUCCAGAGGGAAAGCCAAAGGUGAGGCUGCCACGGCGCCCAGUGCUUCGCCUUAGGAAGGUUCCAGAGGAGCCCCCCAAAAAGAUGCACAUUUACACAGUUUGCAGGGGUGCUUUUCAUUUCCCAACUGAGACAAUGCGAUCGAUCAGUCCAUCAUCAUUCGAGGGAGAAUUCUCAACUCCCGAGUCCCAGAGGCCAAGGUAAUACUCUCUUUCUCAUAGGCCUAAUCUGAAAAGCUUUUUAACACCUAGCCCACUGUUGAUAUUUGAACAGCCUUGAUUCUAAAUGUUUUUAUUUUUGUAGAGCUUUCGUAGAGCUUUGCGAACUCUCUUAUGAAAAGCGUUGCACAUAUUAAAUUUAUUUUUUAUUCAUUAAGAGCGGUGGACAGCUCAGAUAAGGAGUCUAUCUUUAAUAUAGACUCAUCCAAAAGACUCGUCGCAGAGAUAAUGCUGUCUGUUCGGGAGGACGUUGUUGAGGCAAAGCAGAGCGAGUUGGCCGCACAUCUGGCUGCGCUGUCGUCUGACAAUGAGAUGCUCAGCACUUUGGCUCAGAGUGGGACACCCCGCGCCGAUUCAUGAACUGCCUCCAACACCUCUCCUCACAGUGAGAGUGAUAACUGAAGAGAGAUUCACAUGUUUACUUGGACAUACAUGGUAGAAGCAUUUGCUUACAUUAUUUUGAAUCGCAUUGAGCUAUUAAAGAAUGCAUUUAUUUUCUAAAAAAGACAAAAGCAUUUAUUUACAAUGUGUAAUUUUUCUUAGGUGUAAGUGUUAAGUUAGGAAUAUUAAAUAGAAAAUUAGGAGAGAGUAAUUAUAUAUCUUUGCUCUGAAUGGUGACAUUGUUUAAACAGUCUCACAAUUUGACCAUAAAAUAUUAAUACACUUUUUUUUUUACACUGACUUUUAUGGUUCUAAAGGGAGGAGAGGACAAAGCUGCAUGAAUUUAGGAGUCACAAGCGCCCCAGUAAUAUUUAUUAACUUUACAUUCCUGCCAUUUGUCCUGCUUGUAAGUAGUCUCUCAACAGCAUUGUAUGACCUAUUGUUCUGUUGACACAGAAACGCUUCACUAAUCAGUACAACUUCCUCUGUAUUCCAGUUAUUAUACCUCAGAUUGUUGAAUUUAUGCAUCAAGAGUGUUGUGGUAUUUUAUUCACUGUUUAUUCUGUCAAGAUUUGAUCAUUAUUGCUCGGAUUGUCCGAAUAUUUUAAUACUGAAUAGCCUCAUUAGAAUAGAGCUGCAACUAUUUGAGGGUAAAUCCCAGAAUCAUUAGGACUACUUUGGGACAUAUUGAGUCCAGAUUGGCCUAAAUGCAAUGGGUCAGGUUGUAUUUUAAGAUGGCUAUUCACUUAUUAGCACGAGUUUUCACACGUGACUCUGUAAUCACCAAUGAUUUAUAUAUAGGCUAUACUAGAAGACUAAUAAGGCAUUUUAUUAUAUUGUAAAAAAUAUUUUGGAAGCAAUAGAAAUUCAUUUAUUAAUGACUACAUUUGUUUGUGACACGUUUAUCAUAUUACAGACACCUUAAUGCUUACUUUUAAAUUAUAUUAUGUGAGCUAAACAUACAAAACCAUUUUUUCCCUGAAGUAUAAUUUUUUAGAGAUUACUGAAAUCUAUGUCCCCGCUACAGAAUACUUAAAUACAUGUAAUUUAAUUGAAAUACUUUAGAAUUCCAUUCAUUCCUAUGGAGGAAUGCUUUUACCCGUGGAGUACCAAUAUGGCCGACCGGUGUUUUCAACGCCUCUCAAUAGCCAAUACAUAGCAAACACCAAUCCAGGGUUUAUAUACAUCACUGGUAAUUACCCAAUUUUAAUAAAAGCUAGUAACAUUCUCAACACUCCAGCAGUUUCACUAGACUUCUUACAGUAUCCUAUAAGAAGUACAUCUACUGUACACACCAUAGUAGAUAUUUAGUGGCGAUUUUAGAAUGUAAAUCUUGGUGAGGCAAACUCCUGUCAUGACGUUGGCCUGUGGGUAAGGUUUAUGACCCCCCCCCCC